UAGGUUUUUUUCUCCUCCAAACGGACAUGAUAAAAGCACACUGCUUCUUGCACCGCCCUACUUUACUUCAUAAGAUGGAGAUGAAGGAGGUUCGGUCAGCACCACCAUCAGAAUAUCAGGAACUGCAAUUUAACAGGGACCCAGACACUGUUGUGACCAUCGUCAACCCUGUGGAGCAUCCCAGAGACUAUGUGGUAUGGUCCAUCUGCAGCUUCUUCCACGCAAACCCCUUUUGCCUCGGACUGUUGGCGCUGAUCUUCUCAUUCAAGGCAAGAGACAUGAAGGUGACUGGAGACCUGCAGAGAGCCAGGGAAUACAGCAAGUGGGCUCUGGGUCUCAACGUGGCUGCGCUGAUCAUUCUUACUUUGACUAUCUUGAUUCUUGUAAUUGUUUUGAUAAUUAUACCCGUUAUAUUACGUUAUAUAUAGUAUUAGCAGCCGCCCCAGCGAGCACUCCAAGUUAAUGAUGCAUAAUGUCUAUAAAAUAACCCAUGGGUAGUCCACCAAAGCACUUGGUGACAGACAGCAGUCCAGAUGCAAUGGAAGAGCAUUAUGGUUACGGUUUUAAUUUAAUGUAGGCCUUUAUUAUAAUUAGGAAUUUAAUCGGGGCAAGAAAUGCCAAAAAUAGCCUCAUACUUUUUCUAGCUCUUGUAACGUUAAGGCACUUAAUUUGAAUGAGUCUGGGUCUUGGGCUGAAUGUUCUGAAUGUUACUACACUUUGCAUAAAAGCUUCAGCUAAAAUAAAUGUUUGACAAUGUAACAUGGUUUUAAAUAAUACAUGCGCUAUUUGUGAUCCAAUGCAAUGGUCUUUUACAUAACAGCCUCAGCUGAUGGUGCGUUCGAGUAUUCUCUGCGAACCGACUCGGAUCUCGGAUCUGAUGCCACGCCCACACUUCAAGCGUUUUAUUAUUUCGCUCGGUCGUUGGAGGAAAACAUGGACGCCACCCGGAAAGCUGUUUUUGCGGUAGCAUUGGCAGAGGACCAGGCGAUCCAAUAUAAGUAGGCUAUAGGCCAUAGUCAAGUCAAGUCAAGUUUAUUUAUAUAGCACAUUUAAAACAGUAGUUGACCGAAGUGCUGUACACAAAUACAAUAUAUUUGUGUACAUAGGCAGAGAUACGGACGCAGUAAGGUAUUGCAGUAAUACGAGUGAUUGAAAUUACAAUUUAGGCCACCAAAGUGGUCCAAGCACAAUGAAAACAGUUCAUACUUCAAGUCACAAUGGGCGCAGCCAUCUUGAAUUCUGUCUCGGAAUUUCGCUCGGUCACUACUGAGUUCAACCGAGAUAGCGAGAUCGCCGUCCGAGGAAAAGGGGCGUGUUUGUGCUUGUCGCUAGGCAACGUCCUCGGACCUCCGAGACGGAUGGAUAUUAAAACGCACCAUGAGUCAGAGAAUGAGACCGAGUGGGAGAUGGAGGCUGGUUCGACGGCGGUCGUGGCAGGGCCCCAUGCAGGGGCUAGGACAGGUCUAGCAAUGCCACUGCAAAGGUCUUUAUGAGUUAUUAUAUGCAAAUUAGUUAUUUCAACUGUGGACAUGCGGCAUUACAAUGACAAGCUGCAAGCUGUGACUACGCUUACAUUAAAGUAACAUCAUGACAAUGUGUCCGCAUUAGAGCCUGAUACCGAAAAUGAUGUGAAAAUACAGAAGUUAUCCUUUAACAAAGACGCAUUCUGAAUGGAAAUACAUCAGAGGAACCAUCAGGCGUCUUCCCUGAGCAAAAGACACAG